AGCGUGACCACAGUUCUUUGCCGCCAAUCGAACAGUGCCCCAAAAGUCCCCCAAAACCACCUGAACCCCAACCUGGAAAUCCACGGAGGUUUGGUGCCCGCCCAACCUGGAAGAAGGACCCGAGACCCAGCCUUCCGUGUGCUGCCAGGGACAACUCAGCUUAGCCCGAGGUAGCCCGCUGGUCCAAUCUCCCUCCCUCCAGGGCGGCCAGGCUUUAUUUUUUUGCUGAGCUGCAUUGCCCUGCCGGCGGCCAGGCUGCUGCUGCUGCCCACCGUGUUCCGGCCCAGGGUGCUUCCGGCGGUCCGAUCCUGGUGCCGGCCCCUGAACCGCGGCCCCUGCAUCCCGGCCACCGGGCGGACUGCGUGCUCAUCCGCCGCCAUGCCCAAGACGGUUUGCAUCGUUGGUGCCGGGCCUUCCGGCCUCGUGGCCGCCAAAUCGUUGCUCCACGAUGCGCCCCGAGGCACCUUUGAUGUGACCCUGUUCGACGCCCAGACCCGGAUUGGUGGCCUGUGGCCCUCGCACAGGGACGACGCCAGCGGUCUUGUCCAUCCCCGCAUGGUGGCGAACCAGAGCAAGCACACUGUCCAGUUCAGCGACCUCGCGUGGCCGGACGAUGCCCCCCAGCUGCCCCGCGCCUGGCAGGUUGGUCAGUAUCUUGCUCGCUACUUGCAGACAUACUGCUCCGAGGCGAAUCUCAACCUUGGAUGCCGUGUCGAGAAAGCGGAGCCUUUGCAAAGCUCUAGCCGUGAUGGCUCGGGCCUGGGUUGGCGGGUGCAAGCUCGUACCCUUCAGGGGGAGGUCUCUGAGCAGACCUUUGACUACCUCUUGGUAGCUUCAGGGUUCUUUGGCAAGCCGGCCCAUCCCUCCAUCAGCCUGGGAGACGUCAAAAUCCCUGUCCUCCACAGCAGCCAGUAUCGCGACUUGCAGAGCCUCCUCAAGAACCCCGAGUCACCUGGUGGCAAGAUACUGGUGGUCGGGGGCCAGAUGUCCGGUGUCGAAAUCGCAGGUACCAUCGCAUCGCACCUCUCGUCUGCUGCGAACUCGCCAGGGCCAAGCCCCAUAGCGAAUCCCGGAAAAUACAGCAUCCACCACAUCAUCCAGCGGCCCGUGUGGGUGCUUCCGCUACACACUUCGCCAAAGCCCACCUCAUCUGCGCCUCCCUUUUUGCCGCUUGACCUGGGAUCAUACAACCUCGCCAACAGGGCCCAUCCACUCGCCAACUCCCAGGGGCACAUCUCGUUGGAAGCGGCAAAGAUCCUCCACUCCAUCUAUCAGACCGUGCUCGGCACUGACCAGUCGAUCUUCGCGCCUGCGGUGGCUGUUUCCACCGCCGACACCGACAACCCGCCGUAUCUCGCCGUCAGCGACCACUACAUGGACUUCGUCCGGUCCGGUCUAAUAUCCGUCUCUCGCGGCAAACUCCAGGCUCUUUCGGGUCGCGAAGCAACCGUCUCGCCGUCCAACGAGAAGAUCAGCGACGUUGCCGCCGUGGUGCUCGCAACCGGCUUCGAGGCGGCUUCGUCAAUCUCGUUCCUGCCCGAGUCGGUGCAGGAAACCUUGGCGCUCAAUCCCAAGGACCUGAACAACACCGUUGCGUUGGCAUUUCACGGCACUUACCAUCCGGAUGUCCCGAAUCUUGGCUUUGUUGGCUUCUACCGGUCCCCUUACUGGGGCGUGAUGGAGAUGCAAGCUCGCUUCCUCGCCGCCCUGUGGGCCGCCGGCGGCCCGUCCUCGCCCUCCCUGCCCGCCUCACUGAGGAACGCGCUGGAGCAAGAUAGCUCCAUCGAAAGGACCGUUCGUCUCCGCAGCGACCCGCGCGCCUCGCAGUUUCCCAUGGGCGACUACCCCUGGCUGAUGCAAGAGUUCGCUGCCGCGCUGGGGCUGGAGAUCUCUUCGCCGCUGGGGCCGAUGCCCCGGCUGCCCCCAGCCGGCCGAGAGAUGAACAUCCUCACGCCGGCGCGAUACCCGGCGAAAUCAGCCACCGAGCUCCAGCAAGCAGAGACCGCCAAGUCCCUCCGGCAGACCGAGGGGACCGCCUGGGCCGGCCUGACCUCGGCCCGGUUCCUCGCCAGGGCCGUCUUCCGCUCCCUGCUCGGCGAGUGGAAGCUCGAGCGCGAGCUGCGCAGCAAGCUUCCCAGCCACCCUAGCGGACACUUCAGCGGCACGGCCAAGUUCCUGCUGCGGGAGGGCACGCGGGACGGCCGCGAGGCCGAGUUCGACGGCGACGAAGGUGAUGGCGAGCCCGGGCUGGAAUAUCUCUACGUGGAAGAGGGCGACUUCACGGCCGCGAACGGCCUGAGCUUCCGCGCCACGCGGCGGUACGUGUGGCGGUACGACGAGCGGAAGGACCGGCUGAGCGUGUGGUUCGUGAGGACGGACGACCAGAUGCGGGCGGACUAUCUCUUCCACGAGGUGGAGUUCGUGGUUCCGAAAGAGGCGCACCCGGAGCAAGACAGUGGUGGUGAGACGGGCAAGGGCUGGGAGGCCACGGCGGGCCAUCUGUGCGUCGACGACUUUUACGAUGUCAGGUACCUGUUCAACUUCAAGGCCGUGAACUUGUGGGACUGGCGGCUGGCGUAUGCCGUCAAGGGGCCCAAGAAGGAUUACACGAUUGACGGUGUGUACAGCCGGUAGGGCAUUCGGGUAGAGUCUCCAAUAGAGGUGGGCCGUUCUUUGGAUUGCUAGGAUUCAUCUAUCUGGGUCCGGAGUUUGCGGGACUUUUGUGGUUUCGAUGCCACGUGCCCCGAUGUCAUGGUCUCAGUCCAACAUCGCUGCCACCGAGAACAAGUUUCAAUAAAAUCCGAGACGGCAGUUCCCACGGUAGUUUUCGCGGCAAACUAAGUCGUCAUAUGUUGACCAGAUCACAAAUCCAGC